GUGCAUUACCUAUUUCAUGAUAUAAUGUGAUUAAAUAAAUAUUUUUCUUGUCGAUAAAUAUAUUUGAUGGCGUAUGUACUUUGAAUUUAAACAAAACUUUAUUCAAUAUGGACGGGGUAUCUAGUUCAGUCAAUGUUACAUCGAAAGUGCGUGAAGUGUUUGUGAGUUUAAUAUUCUUGAAAGUUGGUGAAAUAGACACAUUACAAGAAACGUUCGAAGCAGACGUUUACAUAAAAGUAAGAUGGCGGGAAUGUACGUUAGAUCAUGGCACAAACAAGUCUUUAGACGAAGCUUCCCAAUCAGAAAUGUGGAACCCUAAAAUUCAGAUCCAGAACAUCAUAGGCUCGCCUAGAACACGGCUAUCAACGGAAGUAGAAUUUACAUCUCAGAGAGAGGCGUAUAUUAUAGAAACCAGAAGAAUUAAAGGGACAUUCUCAGAACAUCUGGAACUUCAUAAUUUCCCUUUUGAUGUUCAGGAUUUAUCUGUAUUAAUCACAACAGAAUUAACUGAUAAUCAAGUAAAUCUAUUGGAAGACGAGAAGGAAUUAAGCCGAGUUAAUCCACGAGGUUUCCUGGAUGCACAAGAAUGGGCGUUACGGGAUCACGUGGAAGCAACCCAAGAUGUCAAUUUGUCCCAUGAAAUAUUCGCUACCAAGAAAAAAUACCCCACCUUAACUUUUACGUUCAUUGCCUUCCGGAGACCUGGUUUCUUUAUAUGGAAUAUUAUUUUUGUGAUGGCAUUGAUUAGCUCCUUGUCUAUGACGACGUUUGCCAUCCCGUUCUCGGGUACAGAGCACAGAUUACAGAUGACAGCUACCUUGGUUUUAACGGGUGUCGCUUUUAAAUUUACAGCAUCACAAUCUUUACCUAAAAUACCUUAUCUUACUUAUUUGGAUACCCAUAUAUUGGGUUGUAUGAUAAUCUUAUCCGGAGCAUGUGUAUGGCAUGCUGUAAUUAGCUUGAUAUCGCCCACAUCAUUGGCCCUUACUUUAGAUAGAGCGGCGUUUGGUGUUCUAGUUACAUGUUUAUUUCUUUUCCAUCUGCUAUUUGGUCUGGUUGUCUACUGUAAGUUGAGAUUAAAGAAGACGUACUAUGACAAAGCUGAAAAACUGUAUCACGAAAAAGCUGAAGCCAUGUAUCCUGAAGUCUAUACCCAAAAAUUCCGAAGAAAACCUUUAUUUAAUAAAAACAAGAGGAACAAGAGAAUAGCUACUGGACCAAUAUAAAAAACGUUAGCGAGUGUGCUAGCUGGGUAGCAAUGGCGGGUACUGGAUAUUCCAGUGGUGGGACGCGAGCCAGGAGCCCUAAAAACUUUUUUUUUAAAUUCCCGGUAAAAUAUACGGUGAUUUCAAGUACCGUAUGUUCUGAAUACAAUCAAUACAAACAGCUCAAUGUUGUGGAUUGGCUUUGUGGAUAUGCAAUUAAACAAAUUGAUAUGAACUUUCGUUACAUUUUAAUCACAAUAGUUAUAGAAGGAACGGCCACACCCUCCUCCCGAAAUCUGAUGCACUUCCUGCACGUACGUCUUCCGUUGGAAACCAACCAACGACUCAUCAAAUGCGCAACGCCCCGGACACAUCUGACGCCAUUCCUGUUGGUGAUGAUGAUGAUGAUGAUGAUGAUGAUGAUGACGAUGAUGAUGACGAUGAUGAUUACCACAGGUCAGAAUGCGGAGUAAGCGGAAAUAGUGUUGACUUUCCGUGAUCCAGUUGACUCAAUUAUGGUCCAGAAUGUCCACGUCAAAGAGACCGUGAAUGACAAAGCCAGAAAUUGAAACAUUGAGAACAUUUCAUGACAGUGAUGCCAGUGUGUUAUAAGAGAGAAGCUCCUGUCUCUGUUCGGAUAAAUAAGGUGCUGUGUUUACCCCUUUUUAGUUAUUCUUUGGAUAUGACCAUCACCUUCCGAUACUUUUACAUUCAUCAGUUGGAAUUUGAUAUUUUCUUCAUAGGCAUCAUUCUACUUCCAAUGAGCGAGAGAGAGAGAGAGAGAGAAAGAGAGAGAGAGAGUGGGGGGGGUAACGACCGCUCGUCUGAAAAAAGGGCAUUUCGGGACUAACACAUUGUUCAAUUUAUUUCAAUAAUUCGCUUGCGCCAGGGGUCCUUAGCAGUGGUAGGAAACUGCCGGAGGACCCGGAGAAAACCAACGAGGUUAUUAGACAGGCUGUCACGCCAGUUGACUCGAUAACAGACAUUAUGUUACAAUGCACACGCGCUAACCAUGCAGCCAUCCAACCCCCCUAUGUCAUUUAAAACUGUGCUACAGAGGGGGGGGGGGGGUCUAGUUGAUUUAACUCGUGCCCGUGAAAUCACAGGAUCAAUCAUUUAAAACUGUGAUACAACUGAUGGUAAUAGUCAAUGAUUGUACAUGUAUAUAUUUGGGAUAUUUAUUUAUUUUAUUUGUUGUGGGGGCUAUUAGUAGAGUGAAAGGGAAAUGGGGUUUAACGUCCACUCGACACAAACUAUGUCAUUUCGGGACUAACAUAUGGUCCAAUUUUAUUUCAAUACUUCGCUUGCGCGUAGGGGUCUUUAGCAGUGGGAGGAAACCGGAGGACCCGGAGAAAACCCGCGAGGUUGGACAGGCGAUCCUACUCCUUGUCAUGUACAACCGGGAAAUUGAAACCAUGCCAGCUGACUCAAUGACAAGCCUUAUGAUACAGCGCGCACGUGCUAACCAUUCGGCCAUCCAACCCCCCGGGGCUAUUAGUAGAUUCGAUCUCUGACCCCUUUCUAUUAUGAAUAAAACUUGUUUUUAAAAUCCAUGAUCGCCACUUGUGAGAUGUCUCCUUUGCCGAUUACAAUGUUGAAUCUCUAAAAGAAAUAUUGUUAUUUUAUUUGUUGUGGAGGGCAUUGGUAGACUCGGUCUGCAGUUCCUUUCUUUUCUGAAUAAAAAUUGUUUUUAAAAUC